AUGAAAAAAAUUUAUAGUAUAUUUGUUAUUUGUUUUAUUAUUUUAAAAGUAUGUUUAUGUAAAAACAUAAAUAUAAAUGAUGAGGGGAAAAAAAACCAGAGAGUCAUAAAAAAUGAAAAUGAGGAAGAAAAAAAUAAUAAAAGGAAUAAUAAAAAGGUUCAACAUAAUAAAGUUAAUCAUAAAAAAAAUAAUAGUGUAACUAAAAAGAUUGAUCAACAGAAAAAUAAAAAGAUUGAUCAACAGAUAAAUAAAAAAAUUGAUGAAGAGAAAAAUAAAAAUAUUGAUCAAGAGAUAAAUAAAAAUAUUGAUCAAGAGAAAAAUAAAAAUAUUGAUCAAGAGAUAAAUAAAAAUAUUGAUCAAGAGAAAAAUAAAAAUAUUGAUCAAGAGAUAAAUAAAAAGAUUCAUGAACAGAUAAAUAAAAAGAUUGAUGAACAAAAAAUAAAUGAUGACCACCACCCGAAUCAAUUUACAGAAGGCUUAGAAAACGAUAAUUUAGAUAAUAAACUUUUUGACGAUUCUGAAUUAAAUGAUAUUAUUCAUAAAGAAAAGUUUUUUGAGAGUUUAAAAAAUGAUAAUAAUGUAGAUAAUUUUUUAUUAGUAGAUGAAGAAAUGGAAAGAUUAAUGGAAGAAGAAAAACAAAAAAGUAGAAAAUUAGAAGAGGACGAAGAAGAAGAAGAAGAUGAUGAUGAAGAGGAAGACAAUGAUGAAAAAUGGAAAAAUAAAAGUGAAAAUAAUAAUAGUAAUAAUAGUCAUAAUAAUAUGCAUACAAAUUAUGAUAUGUAUGAUAAUACAGAUAUUUAUAAUGAUCACAAUAAUGUGGACAUUACACAAGAAGAAGAUCUGAAUGAAAAGGAAGCUUUUUUAAAUUUUGAGAAAAAAUUCAAUCAAGUUGAAGAUAAUAAUGAUUCAAGUGAUGAGAAUAAUAAAAUUGAAGAUUUUAUAAGUGAUAAUAUUCAUCAUUCAACUGAUAAUGUAUCACAUGAAAAUAUAGAAGUAAAAAAGGAAUUACCCCAUAAAAAUGAAAAUAUAAUAAAAGGGAAAGAUGAUGAUUUGACAAAUAUAAAUUUUAAUAAUAAUAAUAAUGUGAAUAAUCAGAUGCAAUAUAAAACAUAUAAAGAAAAAUACGAAAAAGAAAUAUUAAAUAAACCAGAAUCAAUAAAAUAUUUUUUUGAAGUUAUAACUGAAAUAGUAAUAAUAAUAAAAUUAGGUUUAAUAUAUAGAUAUACGAAUUUUUUAAUACCUUUUAAAAAUUUUAUUAUAUCAAAAACUUUAGAAUAUAUAGAAAUGAUAUGUGUGACCUUUUUAUCUAUACAUAAAUUUGGUAGAGAAAAAUAUCCAGAUAUAUAUGGUUUUUUUUUGAUACUUGUAAUAUUAUAUAUAUUAAAAUAUGUAUUAAAAAAUAUUUUAUAUAGAGUAUAUUAUAAUAAAUAUGGUAUGAGUAAAAAAUAUUUUUUGAAGAAUCAAUCAAGUGAAAAUAUGUAUAUGGAGAAUUUAUUAAAGAGGAUUUUAUAUAAUGUAGAAAAGAAAAAAGUGUUAUCAAAUUAUGAAAAUAUAUUACAGGAUAUAUUAGAAAAUACAGAUAAUUUAUUAGUAAAUAGUAAUAUAAUAAAUAAAGAAAAUAAAAAUAUUUAUACUGAUAUGAUAUCUAAUAUUAAUAAUAUAGGAGUCUUUACAUAUAUAUCUACCCAAGCAUUAAAAAAAAUAAAUCACAAAUCAGAUCUUAUAAUAAAUGAAUUAACAACUAGUGGUUUUAUUGAUGAAGAUACAAGUAAUAAAAUGGAUAAACUUAAAAACUUCUCAUCUAUAAAUGAAUAUCCAUAUAUAGAUAUAAAGAAAUAUAAAGAAAAUCUCAUCAAUGAAUAUGAUGAGCAGUUCUUAUUAAAUGAUAAAAUAAGAUACAGUGGUUUUCAAAGUACAGAAAAUGAUAAAAGCCCUGCAAAUAAUAAAUAUAACAUGGAUAGUUAUAAUAUAGAUAGUUAUAAUAUGGAUAGUUAUAACAUGGAUAAUAGUAAUGUCGAUAAUAAUAUUAAUAUAAAUAAUCAGAUGGAUGAAAAUAUAAAUAUGAAUAACAAUUAUUUAUCUGAUAAAUAUAUGGAUGAUUCUCCAUAUGAUGAAAAUAAUAUGCCCGAACAUUUACAGCAUCCAAAUAAAGAAGAUUAUGUAUCUACAAAGAAUACAUUGAAGGAUAGAAAGUUACACUCUUUUUAUAAUAACAUGGAUAUAAAUAAAAAAGAUGAUAAUUAUAUAAACAAAAUGAUGAUGGAUUCAGACUUACAAAAUUAUAACGGUAGAAAAAAUAUGUAUUUAAAUCCAUCCUUUAAAGAGGAUCUCAAAAAUAAUGAUUAUGCUAAUAAUACAAGUGAUAUUGUAGAAGGUAAAGAAAUACAACAAGUUGAUAAAUAUAAAACAAGUGAUAUGAAUGAAGAAAAAAAACUUGAACCAAUAUAUAAUCAUAACAAUAAAACGAUAUUAAAUAAUUUAAAUCCAUUUUCUCCUAUAAAUGAUUAUAAUAAUAAAAAGAAUUCUUUAAAUGAAGAACAAAAUAAUACAAACGAUUCUGACGUUAUAACAAAUAUAGCAAAUUCUUAUAUAAAUAAACCAUCUACUAAUAUAAAUAGAUAUACACAUCCUUCUAUUUAUAAUGCGAAUAAUAAGGUAUCAAAUCCAUUAUUAAAUAUACAAGGAAAUGUAUCAAAAAACUUAGGACAGCGUAAAAACACAGAAACGUUGAUGAAUAAUAAAAUGGAAGAAAAUUAUUUGAUAGACAAAGUUACUAACAAUGAUAUGGAAGAACAUAUGGAGAAUAAGUUGGAUGAAGAAAAGUUGAAGAUGAAUAAUGUAUUUGAAGGUGGAAAGGAAUAUAUAAAAACGAAUGAAGAUCUAAAUAAUAUAAAUAAAGCAGGAUCUUUUUCAUAUACGCAAUCCCCUUAUCAAGGUGUAGAAAACGCCAAUAAUAAAAACCAAAAGUAUCUGACCCAGCGGAAGGAACGACAACAAAUUGUUGCUACGAAAUCUCCAUUUAAUUAA